AUGCCUGAGAUACUACCUACGGACACGACCCCACUCUUGACCAAUGUCAGCUUGCCCACUUACACAGCCGGCAGCCCUGGCUCUGAACCAAUAGCAAGACCAGAGCCCCGGCGAACCAAGUCCCUGAGCAAGAGGUUUCGACUUGCCCUUUCGAGUAGCAUAGACCAAGCAAAGUCAGCGACACAGCCAUCAUUCUGGAAAAGCCUGGUCUCCCGGGUGUUCACAUCGUUACCUGCCGUCUUCCUCGGCGUGUUGCUCAACGUUGCUUCCCAUCAGGUUCCUGACUAUGAUGAUCGAGGUGGUGGUAUGUGUACUCAAUAUCCGGUCACACGGCCCAUGAUCUCAUCUAAUGGAACACUAGCCCUUCUUCAAUAUCAUGGCCACCCAGAUCGUCGAGAUAGUAGGGGAAGAUAA